AUCUCUAUAUUAACCCAACGAAGUUAAAGCGUAGGAUUAAUCAUAACCAAUAGAGCCUACAAGUAGUGAUGGGUGUUCGAGCUGAUCAUUUCUCCUUUGGUUUCCUAAUUAGUAUAAGCGUUUUGAGCCUUUUAGCAAUGGUUACGGGCCUUACGGCUAGUACAAAAGGUACUUUUACACCUAGUGAUGCCCUCCGCGCUCUCAAUCGCUCCUACUAUCCUCAUGACUUCAGCUGGGGUGCUGCUUCAGCUGCUUAUCAGGUUGAGGGUGGGGCAAAUCUGGGUGGAAAAGGUCCAAGUAUAUGGGAUACAUUCACUCAUAAAUAUCCAAAUAAAAUAACGGACCACAGCACCGGAGACGUGGCGUGCGAUUCCUAUCAUAAGUACACGGAUGAUGUGGAGAAUUUGGUGCAUUUAAACAUGGAUGCGUACCGGUUUUCAAUUUCAUGGCCAAGAGUGCUACCUCGUGGGAAACUAAGUGGAGGAGUGAAUGAGGAAGGGAUUCGAUACUAUAACAAUCUCAUAAAUGAUCUUCUAGCCAAAGGUAUACAGCCUUACGUAACUCUCUUCCAUUGGGAUGUUCCCCAGGCCUUAGAAGAUGACUAUCUUGGCUUCUUAAGUGAGAAAAUUGUAGUUGACUUCCGGGAUUAUACAGAACUUUGCUUCCAAAGAUUUGGAGAUCGAGUGAAGCAUUGGAUCACACUAAAUGAGCCAUGGAGUUUCGCCGGUGGCGGGUACGUAGUUGGUUAUUUGGCACCAGGUCGAUGCUCAGCUUGGUUAAACAACAAUUGCACCGGUGGAAAUUCCGGGACUGAGCCUUAUAUUGUAGCACACAAUCAACUCCUUGCUCAUGCCGUUGCUGUAGCGACAUAUAAGGAGAAGUAUCAGAAGUCGCAAAAGGGUGAGAUCGGAAUCACGCUUGUGACUACUUGGGUAAAGCCUUUAACCGAUUCAUCGAUCAACAUUAGAGCUCAAAAGCGUUCUCUUGACUUCAAGUUCGGAUGGUUUAUGGAUCCAAUCACAAACGGCGAUUAUCCCCGUAUCAUGCGAUCGCUUGUAGGAAAUCGGCUUCCGAAAUUUUCACCAAAGCAAUCUGAAAUGCUGAAAGGGUCAUUUGAUUUUCUCGGGUUAAACUACUAUACAACUACAUAUGCAGCAUCUGAACUCCUUUUUACUAAUUCCUUGAACAAAAGCUACGACACAGAUCCUCAAGUUCUUCUCACAGCGGUGAAGAAUGGGGUCCCCAUUGGAGCUCAGCCUGGUGCAUCUUGGCUUUAUGUUUAUCCACGCGGGCUUCUAGAUCUUCUCCUAUACAUAAAAGACAAAUACAACAAUCCCCGAAUUUACAUCACUGAGAAUGGAGUUGAUCAAAGAGAUAAUUCGACAUCGCCAUUGCCACUUAAGGAGGCUCUUAAUGACACUGUCAGGAUCAAGUACUAUCAUGAUCAUCUUUCCUAUCUUCUGAAAGCAAUAAAGGCUGGGGUAAAAGUGGAAGGAUACUUCGCAUGGUCUCUGUUGGAUAAUUUCGAGUGGGCAUCAGGAUACACUUCUCGUUUCGGUAUAUACUACACAGACUUCAAAAAAGACCAGAAAAGAAUUCCAAAGUUAUCCGUCGAGUGGCUCAGGAAGUUCCUCCAGUAUUAAUCAAGCUAAUUUGGCAUCGAUCUAACGAGACGUCAAUAUGUUGUCUCUUGAUCGAUGCCUCAAUUUAAUUAUUGUUGGUUGGAAUAAUAAUGUGGGGAUCAGGGGACGUGACCAAACUUCCUAUGCACUUCUCUCUUGAUGUCUUUUCACCAACGAAAACUGUGAUAAUAACUGGCAAUGUAAUAAAAGUAAUAUUCGCCUUGAA